AUGGCUGAGGAAAGCCAGGAGAUGGGUGGCAUCCAUUUUCCGUUUCCCUUCCCCCCUUAUCCUAUCCAGAAAGACUUCAUGGCAGAACUCUACAAGGUUUUGGAGGCUGGCAAGAUUGGGAUAUUUGAGAGUCCAACUGGCACGAGCCUUUGUGUGAAUGAAGAUGUGAAAAGCCUGGGUUCUGUGCACCUCAUGAAUGACCGCUGCGUGGACAUGCAAAGACGCAAACACGGUAGGUACAGGACCUGUGUUGUGAGACGUUCCGGACAGCGUGUGAGUGGCAGAAGUGUGGUGGGGUCUACAACAGGGCCAUGGCGUGAGGACUGUGUUAACCAGAAGGAAUGGCUAAGCGGACCCUGGCUUCUGCCUCAGGCCCCUCCUUGGGCACAAGUGUUGGUGCUUCCUGGAUCAGGGUCAGGGACCUGGCAUAGACAUGUUUGUGCCAUCUCUUUUUGGAGAGCAUAG